CGGCCACUCAGCUGUUUACACCGAUCUACGAGUAUCCCCACGAGAAACCCCCAUUCCACCAUCCUCUACCCACCCAAUGGAUCCGUCCGCCGUUGGCUCCUCGCGGCGGAAGGCGGAGCAGUGGUUGAGCGUGGCUGAGAAGCUCAUGGUGGCGCGGGACAUUGAAGGGUGCAAGCAGUUCGCCUCGCAGGCCCUGGCCGCCGAUCCCCACACCCCGGGCGCCGACGACCUCCACGCCGCCGCCAUCUCCCUCCUGGCAGCCCAGCAGCGCCGCCUCCCUAACGGUCAGCCUGAUCCCUACGGCGUCCUUGGUCUGGACCCCGCAAACCCCGCAUCACGCCGACCGGAUGCCAUCCACUCACAAUAUCGCCGCCUCUCUUUCCUCCUCAAUCGUUCCCACCAGGACCGCCCCUGCUCGCUCGCCUUCGCCGAAGCUGCCCGGCUCGUCGCUGAUGCCUGGGCUUUUCUCUCUGAUCCCGUUCUUAAAUCCUCCCUUGACGUGGACCUCGAUGCCGCCGCCGCAGCUCGCGCGUACCACUCUCCUCCAAAUCUACCGCAGCCGCACUCGCAGCCACAUCUGCCUGCACGGCUAACUCCGCCGGUGGCUGCUCCCUCCCCGCGGUCGACUCCGCCGCUGGUUUCUCCCCUUCCGCGGGCAACAUCACCGCCGGCUGCUUCCCCUCCACGGCAAACUCAGCGGCCGGCUGUCCCCCAAACAAGGUCAACACCGCCGCCGGCUGCUUCUGCUCCACGAUCUACUCCACCACCACCGGUUUCUCCUCAAACACUGUCAACACCGCUGCCUGCCGCUCCCGCUCCCGCUCCACGGUCUACACCACCACCUGUUGUUCCCCAAACACCGUCAAGUACGCUGCGGCCGACUACUCCCCAAACGCCGGUGGCUGCAACUGUCCCAGCAGCGAAGUCUGGUGCGGCACCUUCAUCAACGUUCUGGACAGUGUGCUCGGCCUGCUGCCACAUUCACCAGUUCGACUGCCAAUAUGAGACGUGCAAAUUACUGUGCCCUAGUUGCCGCCAGCCAUUUGUGGCCAAGGCAAUGGCUGAGCCACCGCCUAUUGUGCCAGGCACCGACAUGUAUUACUGCACUUGGGGGUUCUUCCCCGUUGGGUUCCCUGGGUGUCCUGGCUUUGAAAGAAUGGUCAAUGCACAGCCAUCGGGAGUAGAUCAGCUGAAUGCGCCAUGGCUUGGAAGCGCAGGUGGUGUACAUGGUAAUGCUCAGAAUGGGGUGCCACCAGUUAGUGCCCCAGUGGUAGAAGUGCCAGUCAAGGAUCCCAUAGAGGUGCCUGCAGUGACACCGCCAGCGAAGCCGAUGCGAGUGAAGGUGGGUGCGAAGAAGCGUGGUCGCCCCAAGGGUAGCAAGAACAAGAAGAAAUUAUGAAUGCCAAUGAUGAACAUGAUGGUUAUCAUCAUAGAUCACAUGAAUUAACUGAGAUAUGCAUUCAAUCACACUGCCAUUGUAGUCAACCGAAGCACUCGUCUGCUGGUUGAAUUCUCACUUGCUGUUGCCAGGAUCUCUAAUGUGGAGCAAGCAAUUUUAUUGCUGAAAGACUUCUUUUUCAAUGGUAGAAUUCUUCCUUUUCGAGAUUAUGAUGUUAAUCUCUGGUUCGUCCCCACUGCCGUACUUGACAUUAUGCUUUAGCUGUAACUAUUGUAUUUGCAUAUUCGUCUAAUUUCUGCUUCCCUGAAGACAGUUGUAUUGAUCUAAAUCGAUAGGUGUCUAGUUACUGUUUAUUGUACGUUUUGAGUUUGGUGCUACUCUGCUCUAGUGCUCUGUGUCGUAAUGCUGCAAUAAAUGGAAUGGUUUAAAGCUCUAAUUUUAACGCG